AUGAAGGAUGCUUUCGUCUUCGCUAUUGUAGGAACGACAGGCGUCGGAAAGUCCAAACUCGCCAUUGAGCUUGCUAAAGCUAUAAACGGUGAAGUCAUCAAUGCUGAUUCCAUGCAAGUUUAUACAGGACUCGAUACAGUCACAAACAAGAUACCGGUACUUGAACGUGAUGGAAUACCGCAUCAUUUAAUGGAUUUUGUUGAUUGGAAUGAGGAGUAUUCAGUCAUUGACUUUUCAAAGGAUGCCAACAAUGUGAUCGCAGAUAUACAUGGUAAAGGAAAACACCCAAUUCUUGUAGGCGGAACCCAUUACUACAUGCAAUCGCUACUUUGGAAGAAUAUGUUGAUUGGUGAUUCUACCGCUGCUAGUGAUACAGAGUCAAAGAAUGCAGCUCAUCCGAGCCUUUCUGAAGAGUUACGUACACUCAUCGAACCAACAUUACGAACUCCUGAAUCGGGACGAGAAACUGAACAUGAUGCUGAAAUGUAUCGAGUGCUUCAACGUGUCGAUCCAGUGAUGGGAGAACGAUGGCACCCAAACGAUACACGAAAAAUCAGACGAUCACUUGAAGUAUAUUACACUACAGCAACGAAACAUAGUGAAUGGCUCGAAACUCAACGUCAAUCAAACAUCGAAUCCAACUGUAGUGAAGAUAAUGAAGAAUCGGGAACAAUGAGGUACCCAUCGUGUGUGUUUUGGAUUUACGCUCAACCGACAAUCCUGGAUCCACGACUUGAUCAUCGUGUAGACGCCAUGAUUAGUACGGGAGGCAUGUUUGAUGAGUUAAGAACUAUGAUGGAUGCGUGGCAGGCUAAGAGGGAGAGUGAUGGUGUGCCAGAUUAUACGCGUGGGAUAUUUCAAACUAUUGGAUUUAAAGAAUUUCAUGAUUACUUGAUGGCAACUUCGAAUGCUGCAGAUGCAGAAAAGUUGAAGGAAGAUGGCAUCACUGCAAUGAAGAUUGCAACAAGACAGUAUGCACGUCGUCAAACAAACUGGAUUAAGAAUCGAUUGGGACCACGAGUCUUCGACGAGAAGCGAAGAGGGAAUCGGUUUGGGUUUUAUGUUUUAGAUGCUACUGAUUUGAGUAAAUGGGAUGAAAAUGUUGGUCGUACUGCUAUCGACAUUGCAAAGAAGUUGCCUCCCAGCUCAUCCCUGCUCUCCGAAUUAAUCCCACAAAUCAACCCACAAGCAUCACUCUCCGUCCACGAAUGGAAGAAACACACGUGUGAUGUGUGUGUUGAUUCACAUGGCCAGCCUCGUGUGUUGAAUGGACCAUUAGAAUGGGAGAAGCAUGUUGCAGGACGUCAACAUAAGAAGAGAGUUGAAUAUGUUAGAAAGGAUUUGGGCGCUUGGAAGCGGAGAGGUGAUGUCGCUCCUGUUGUUGUUGGCGGUGUAAGUACUGAGGGUGGUGCUGGCAGUAGUAGCUUGGGAGAGAGUAGUGGUAGCGAUGAUGAUCUUCCAUUGUUUCCUCCAACAAGUAUGCCAGACCUAUCGAUCGCCACAAGAACCAAAUCCGUGAGGACUCCAUUCGAGAAUGAGGUCCGGAAUGAAGCUUGGUCGAAUGUGGAAUCGGCGAGUAAUCCGAACGGUGUUCUUUGGUUGGCUACUGCCGAAAAUCACUUCUCAGCCGACAUCAUCGCACAACGAUUGAACACAUUCAGAUCAGCAAUAACGGAAUCUGACUGCUUUUACCCUGCUGUUGAAUGUGGGAGUUUGGAACUUCGCCAGGCCUUGUCGAGAUUUAUUGGAAGGCAUUUUGAAUCAUAUCAAGAUAUUGGGAAUGAUAAUCUCGUGGUUACUUCUGGGGGUUGCACUUCUCUCGUAGCCCUACUUGGAAAGGCAAUCUGCAAUUGCGGUGAUGUCAUGCUAGCUCCAACACCUGUAUACAGGAGCUUCGAAUCUAUGCUUGCCUUUAUAGCUGGAGCUCAACUGGUUGGCGUUCCACACGACCCAUCAUCUUCAAAACUGACACUAUCGGUAUCUGCAUUUGAGCAAGUGCAUCAAACGACUGCAAACGUGAAGGGAAUCAUAUUGACGAAUCCAAAUAAUCCGACUGCGUUGAUUUACUCCAAGGAUGAGAUUGCGAAUAUCUUGAAUUGGGCUGCUUCAAAAGGCUUGCAUGUUAUCGUGGAUGAAGUGUAUGGAUUAUCCACUUUCGGAGAAUCUACGUUUGAGAGCAUAUUGUCGUUUCCGGGUCUUGAUGAUAAAGUACAUUGGAUUUGGUCUGCAACAAAAGACCUAUGCUGUCCAGGUCUUCGAAUGGGUGUCUUACACACACGCCAUCCUCAAAUACUCGCGAUAAUGAAACAAUGGGCAGCAUAUACACCAUUUGCUCCACUAUCAGAACGUCUCAUCGUACCACUACUAAACGACGAUGAAUGGAUAUCAUCAUUCAUAGACCAAAACCGAAGCAACUUACGAAAUGGUGCCAACCAUGUCGGGCAAUUGCUACAAAGUGCAGGGAUACCAUGCGUGAUUCCAGAAGCUGGAUUCUACGUAUGGCUGGAUCUAAGCAUGUACUUGAAGAAUCAGAGCUUCGAGGGGGAAAGGGUGUUGUGGAAGAGACUUGCAUCGGGAGGUGUUAUGCUGGUCAAUGGUGAAUCGUGUUUGGCUACACGCCCAGGAUUCUUUAGAAUGACUACCAUGAAGCCUGAGGUUAUGGAUGUUGCCGUGAAUCGUAUAAAAGUGGUGCUGAUGGCAUACAGCAAGCUGUAA